CCUCCACACAAAAGUUUAGUUUGAAAUAACUGCCACCACAAAGGCUGUCACGCAUUGGGACUGAGGUCAUAAUAAAGAGGUUUAUUUAAAUCUGAAAGCAUUACUAUUUUCCCCAGCCUAAGAUGUUGGUUGCCAUCAUAUAAAUCCUCCUUUCUAAUAAAAAAAUGACAUUUCAGAACCAAAUAGUGCUAUACACAUGAAUAGUCAGAACUUAACUGGUUUAUGUGCAGAGUAAUGAAAGCUAGUUUUACCAGAAAAGUAAAUUUUGAAUUGUGUCUCCUGUCUGACUGUAUUCUUUUGUCAUCCUCUAGUCCACCCACAAAUGAAUUAUCAGGAGUGAACCCAAAGGCACGUAUGAAUGAAAGUCCCCAUCCAGAUGAGCUGACGGCAGUCAUCAUUGAUGGAGGAGGCAUCAAGGACAUUCCACAGACAAAUGAAUUUAAAGGAGCAACCGAGGAGGCACCUGGGAAAGAAAGUCCCCAUCCAGAUGAGCUGACGGCAGUCAUCAUUGAUGGAGGAGGCAUCAAGGACAUUCCACAGACAAAUGAAUUUAAAGGAGCAAUCGAGGAGGCACCUGGGAAAGAAAUCCCACACACAAGUGAAUUUAAAGGAGCAGCCCUGGUGUCACCUAUCAGUGAAAGUAUGUUAGAACGACUUUCCAAGUUUGAAGUUGAAGAUGCUGAAAAUGUUGCUUCAUAUGAAUGGACACAUUUAGUUCGACUUCUACGACUUAUUAUUCUGAUAAGAAUUUUUCAUCUGGCUCAUCAAAAAAGACAACUUGAAAAGCUGAUGAGAAGGCUGGUUUCAGAAAACAAAAGCCGAUACACAAGGGGUGGAUUUGACCUAGACCUCACUUACAUUACAGAACGUAUUAUUGCUAUGUCAUUUCCAUCUUCUGGAAGGCAGUCUUUCUAUAGAAAUCCAAUCGAGGAAGUUGUGCGGUUUCUAGACAAGAAGCAUCCAAACCACUAUCGAGUGUACAAUCUAUGCAGUGAAAGAGCUUAUGAUCCUAAGCACUUCCAUAAUAGGGUCGGUAGAAUCAUGAUUGAUGAUCAUAAUGUCCCCACUCUACAUGAGAUGGUGGUUUUCACCAAGGAAGUAAAGGAGUGGAUGGCUCAAGAUCUUGAAAACAUCGUAGUGAUUCACUGUAAUGGAGGCAAAGGAAGAACCGGCACUAUGGUUUGCGCUUUCCUUAUUGCCUCUGAAAUAUUUUUAACUGCAGAGGAAAGCCUGUAUUAUUUUGGAGAAAGGCGAACAGAUAAAACCCACAGCAGUAAAUUUCAGGGAGUAGAAACUCCUUCUCAAAAUAGAUAUGUUGGAUAUUUUGCACAAGUGAAACAUCUCUACAACUGGAAUCUCCCUCCAAGACGGAUACUCUUUAUAAAAAGAUUCAUUAUUUAUUCUUUUUGUGGUGAUGUAUGUGAUCUAAAAUUCCAAAUAGUAAUGGAGAAAAAGGUUGUCUUUUCCAGUACUUCAUUAGGAAAUUGUUCGAUACUGCAUGACAUUGAAACAGCCGGCAUAUUAAUUAAUGUAUAUGACAGUCCACCUCUGUAUGAUGAUGUGAAAGUGCAAUUUUUCUCUUCGAAUCUUCCUAAAUACUAUGACAAUUGUUCAUUUUUCUUCUGGUUCAACACAUCUUUUAUUCAAAAUAACAGGCUUUAUCUACCAAGAAAUGAAUUGGAUAAUCCACAUAAACAAAAAGCAUGGAAAAUUUAUCUGCCAGAAUUUGCGGUGGAGAUACUUUUUGGUGAGAAAUGACUAACAAUGACAUUGUAGCUGGAUCUGAUUAAGUAUAGUUCCCCCUUCCCCUUCUGGGAAAGAAUUAUGUUCUUUCCAACCCUGCCACAUAUUCAUAUAUCCUAAAUCUUCCUUGAUGAUCUAUCUAUAUUUAUAUAUGUUCUUCAUAAAUCUAUUAAAUAUAUAUAUAGAUAAAAUA